UUUCUGCUUGCCACCUACUUCGUCCGCUCUACCUAUCCCGCGCCGUCUAGCUGCUGGUCUCUGAUCGGAAGCUGUACUGUUCCGUUCCUUCUUCUAGGGUUUUGUGUCGAUUGUUCUUUGGAUUUGAGAUGUAGGGUACUGGAUUUCUUAUUCAGGAUCUGGAGCGGACGGUACAGGCUGAAGGAAGCGGGGAUAGUGGGUUUUUGUUAUUGCUGUCGAAGAUUCUUUACUCUUCUUGAGGUUCGCGGGAAUCUAGAGGACCAUGGAGGCGGCUUCGGCGAUGAGCUAUCAGUCAUGCUCUUGGAUGGGAUUCGAGAGAGGCGGAAAGACGGGAGGAUGUUCAAGGAUUCCGCAUGGAUUUGCGGUUAAUUGUAGGCGCCGCCGGAGCCCUAACCUGCAAGUUUCGCAACUAGGCACUGCUUCUUAUCGGGCACAGAGCUCGCAGCUUAAGAUUUCUUGUUGUUGCAACAAAAAAGAGCCCGAAAGAUUUCUUACAGGUGUCGAUGAAGCCCUAAUCUUAAAGAAAAGGUCUGAAGUUGUGAUCCCCUACUUGAAUGAAAGAUGUAUAUUUCUAGUUGGAAUGAUGGGAUCUGGGAAGACUACAGUUGGAAAGAUAUUAUCAGAAGUAUUGGGUUAUUCUUUUUUCGACAGCGAUAAGUUAGUGGAGAAAGCAGUUGGAAUGUAUUCUGUUGCUCAGAUCUUUAAGGAGCGCAGUGAGGCAUUCUUUAGAGACAAGGAGAGCAAAGCUCUUAGAGAUUUGUCCUUGAUGCGGCGAUUAGUUGUCGCCACUGGCGGCGGUGCAGUUAUUCGACCCAUCAACUGGAGGUAUAUGAAACAGGGAAUAACUGUUUGGUUAGAUGUGCCUCUCGAAGCUCUUGCUCGCCGUAUUGCCGCAGUGGGGACGGAAUCACGCCCUCUGUUGCACAAUGAGCCUGGUGAUCCAUACACUAAGGCUUUGAUUCGUCUUUCUACUCUCUCUAAAGAAAGGGGUGAUGCCUAUGCAAAUGCAGACGCAAGAGUUUGCCUCCAACAUAUUGCUUCCAAACAGGGCCAUGGUGAUGUCUCAGCUCUCACACCAACUGCCAUCGCCAUUGAGGCAUUGGUAAAGAUUGAGAGCUUCAUAACAAAAGAUACAGCAGUUGAAAGAUUAACCUUCUUUUAAUUUUUAAUUUUUUUUCUUUUUUUAAAGGUGUUUCUUGUGUGAGUUCCUCUGUGUGUAAACAAUUCAUUUCACUCUGUAAGAUGUAUGAUUGGAAAGUGCA